CUUUGUUAGGGUUCUUUGAUGAUCUUGGACCUUUGCUUUCUCUAAUGCAUUUGGUAGUUGAAGAGCUAUACUUAUAUUUGAUCUGGGCUGUACUGUUUUUGGUGAUUGGUCUGAUUUGUUUUGCUCUCUUUUGGGGGAUUUUUUGUGAGAAACAACAACCAUGCCUACUCUUGUCAAUUAUAGUGGGGAUGAUGAAUUCUAUACUGGUGGGUCAGCUUGUUCCGCAGAUUCAAGCCUCUUGUUAUGUAUUGGUUCUCAUACAAAUGUUUACUGCCCUCCUCGGAAGCGGUCACGCAUCAGCGGCCCGUUUGUUUUUGGAGGGCACAUGUUUGAGGAGGAGAAGAAAUCAUCCAUUGAAACACUUCCCAAUGAAUGUCUAUAUGAGAUCUUCAGACGCCUGCCCGGAGGCCGAGCGAGGAGUGCCUCUGCUUGUGUGUCCAAGCGUUGGCUUAUGCUCCUAAGUAGUGUUCGGAAUUUUGAAAUUUGCAGGAGCAAAAGCACUCAUGAAGGAUCAGAUGCAGAAACAAUUGAUGAGUCUUUCAAUGAUAUUAAAUUUGUUUCAGCUGAAGAAGAUCUGGAAUUUGAGUGUGAUGGGCACCUUUCUAGGUCACUGGAAGGGAAGAAAGCGACGGAUAUUAGACUUGCGGCUAUUGCAGUUGGAACUGCCAGCCGUGGGGGACUUGGCAAGCUUUUGGUUCGGGGAAGCAACUCCAUCCGAGGAGUUACCAAUCUUGGUCUGUCAGCAAUUGCUGAUGGUUGCCCUUCUCUCAGGACUCUUUCGUUGUGGAAUGUCCCUUCAAUUGGGGACGAAGGUUUGUGUAACAUAGCAAGGGAAUGCCACUUGUUAGAGAAGCUCGACCUCUGCCAGUGUCCUCUGAUUUCCAGCAAGGGGGUGAUCGCAAUUGCUGAGAACUGCCCUAAUUUGACUGCUAUAACGAUUGAAUCUUGUUCAAAUAUUGGGAAUGGGAGCCUGCAAGCUGUGGGACGGUGCUGCCAAAAGCUACAUUCCAUUACUAUCAAGGACUGCCCUCUUGUUGGGGAUCAAGGAGUUGCAGGUCUCUUGUCAUUGACGACUUCUGUCUUGACAAAGGUUAAACUUCAGGAUUUGAACAUUACAGAUUUCUCUCUUGCGGUAAUUGGGCGCUAUGGCAAGGCCAUUACCAAUCUUGUGCUCAGUAAGCUUCAAAAGGUGAGCCAGAAGGGCUUUUGGGUCAUGGGUAAUGCUCAGGGUCUGCAGAAACUUGUGUCCUUGACAAUCACUUCAUGUCGGGGGACAACAGAUGUGAGUCUUGAAGCCAUGGGAAAGGGUUGUCCAAACCUGAAACAGAUGUCACUUCGGAAAUGUUGUUUUGUAUCGGACAAGGGGCUCAUAGCUUUUGCCAGAUCUGCUGGAUCUCUUGAGAGCCUUCAAUUGGAAGAAUGCAACAGGAUCACCCAAUCAGGUAUCUUGGGUGCGCUCUCAAACUGUAAUUCGAAGCUAAAGUCACUUGCCCUAGUCAAAUGCAUGGGAAUUAGGGAUCUACCUUUGGAAGCAACUAUGCUAUCCCCUUGCAAAUCUCUUCGAUUCUUGUCCAUCCGGAGCUGCCCUGGUUUUGGUAGUGCAAGCUUGGCUAUGGUCGGGAAGUUGUGUCCUCAGCUACACCAUCUAGACCUGAGUGGGCUCAUCGGAAUAAGUGAUGCGGGGCUUCUCCCACUUUUGGAGAGCUGUGAGGCAGGUCUUGUUAAGGUGAAUAUUAGUAACUGCUUAAAUUUGACAGACGAAGUGGUUUUGGCCUUGGCCAGGUUGCAUGGUGGAACGCUUGAAUUGCUGAAUCUUGAUGGUUGCAGGAAGAUUACUGAUGCAAGCUUGGUGGCAAUUGCAGACAACUGCCCAUUGCUGAAUGACUUUGAUGUGUCAAACUGUUUAAUCACUGAUGCAGGGGUUGCUGCUUUGUCCCGUGGUGUGCAGCUAAAUUUGCAGAUCCUUUCCCUGUCUGGUUGUUCUAAGAUAUCUAGUAAGAGUAUGCCUUCCUUUACAAAAUUGGGAAAGACCUUGUUGGGCCUAAAUCUCCAACACUGCAACUUAAUCUGCAGCAGCACAGUCGAGCAGCUUCUAGAGACCUUGUGGAGAUGUGACAUCCUCUCCUGAAUCAGGGUUGCAAACAAACACCUUUAUACUCGAUCAAACGUCAGAUGGAAGAACUUAAAAAGUUGAUCGAAAGUAGAAGCAUAACACUCAUAAAGUCGGUUCACAUUGGUAACAGAAUACUUGGUUUUAGUUUUUAGCCUAUCAUCAGCGCAGACCUUCCCGGUAUCGCAGAGGCUUGGUUGUUUUCCAGGGGACUUUGGCCGACCAUUUUUCCAUCCCUUUUUUUUUGCAGGCAUGAAAAAAGCCCGUUGAAACUCUUUUAGUCUCUCAUUGAUGCGAGGCUGCUCUUUCAUUGCCAUAGUUCCCUGAGAAUACAUAUACCCAGUCCUGGUUUCGGGUGUCCGCCUGGGUACUCCAUUUUGGGUCGUGUUUGAUCCAAGGUUUCGAAUUACUAGCUUGGUCACUUGUUGCCUUCAUGGUGUGCCUUAAUAAGCUCUCUCCAUUUUCAGUCCUCACAAAGCCUUUUUGGGUUGGGUCAGUACAUGUCAAUCUGUAGUGUCUGUUUUUAAGAGUCCACAACAUGUUUAAUCACUAGUUUUUGGGGUGGCUCCUUGUACAAUUUCUUCUUUGGGGUCAAGGUGUGUAGUUGCAUUGGGGAGGUUCGGAUGUGUGGAUGAUGGUGAUUCUUGGGCUCGGCCAUGGCAACUUGUUCAUUUUGGCUGCCAUGACAACCUUACCUGGUUGUUUUUUCCUUAUCCGAGUCCUAGUUUUUGGUAGGACUACCAAGUCCUAUUUUUGCCAGUCUCUGCUGCUUCUAAAUUGUACUAUGCAACUGCUUUGUUUCCAGUAAUAAAAGGCCUCAGGUUUUAUAUAUUGUCAGUACCAUUCUUUUGUUCCAGUGCCUUUGCUGUGUAUGUAUCUGGUUGGUUUUUCUAAUCUGCGCCGUCUUUCUGAUGUUUGAGCUGAUUCAAUCUGUCGUGGAUUCGAG